AUGAGCUGGAUCUACAGAUUUCUCUUAAUUUUUGGGUCUUCAGCCGGAGAAACAACGAUUCUCGAGGACCAUCUGGGCAUUGAGAAUCCUCAAGAUAAAAGAGUCGAGAGAGCCUAUGAAAGAAAUAUAGAAAGAAUUGAGAGUGAUCUACGGCAUGAGGUGGAAGAAAUCUCUGGAGAUGGAUGUGGAGAUGGAUCAGAUGGUGAAAUUGUUUCGGAGAUUAAAGUGACAAUAUCGACCUGCCUUGAGUUGAGCUGUGAGCUCGAAGGAGAUCUGCUGAACAAAAGCUCGGACGAAUACAUCCGUCAAAGUUUACAAAUCCUUGAACAAUUUAAAUCUUGCUUCGAGCAAACUGCGGUCAUCACAGAUUCUUCAUAUGAGCAAGAUGAUUUUGACGUCUAUUUCACCGUGAUCAGUCCUUUACGCACAAAACGUCAUCCACACUUCGAGAAUUUUUAUCAAGCCUGCCUUUCCAUGACCUUUCUUCAUGAAUCUACUGAGUCUCUAUCUGAUGAAUUGAAGUCAACAGUUAAAAACAAUAUCGUUAAUACCUUCAAAGAAGAACUGGAGGAAAAGCUUCAAGGCACCGAAAACUUAUGCUUCGAUCCACAGAAUGUUACUUUUGCAACAACAACCGAAUCUUAUGAUCUCACUGUAUGGAACUCGGAUGUCAACAUUCAGCUUACUUUUUCAUUACUGGCCUUUGUUUUGCUGUUGAUCUCCGUCUAA